CCGGUCGCUCAGCCAAGGCGGAAAAAAGGAACGACGGUCUAACGUGGGAACCAGCAGUCAGUCAAACAGCUGAUCGUGAACCGCGGAAUCGCGGAACUAAUCGAGCGGCUGCAGAAUGCUGCGCAUCGUCGGUCUAGCUUUGCGAGCCGCUGGAGCUGCGCGCGCAGCCGGAGUAACCGCGGGAUAUUCGAAUCUUCCUAAACUUAUCCCGGCUGGAUUUUCGACCGCGACAGCGAAUUGCCGAUGUUUCAGCGCCCUUUCUACCCAUUUUCAACCCCUCGCAGACUCGACUAGCGAUUCGCGAGUUUCGAUAAUCAGCGAACCUCUGGGAAGGAUGCUUCUGUCAGCUCCUAGUCAGUCAACGCAAGUACCUGCGAGAACAUUGACUAAGUUUUCACUCCAGAAGGGGAAACGAAAGACGGUGAAGGCGGUUAUCCACCGAUUCUACAGACUGCACUGGGGUUGUUGGAUUCGCACAAGGGCAGGCCGACACAAGAAACUUUGGAAGAAAUCGCCAGCGAAUAAAAGACGGCUAAGACAGCACAUCUUCGUAAAUGCUACACAAUCUUGGCUAUUAGACAAAAUGGUAACCAAUUUCUGGCGCCGUCCUAGAUUCUACGUCGAUGAUCCUUACAACCCGUAUCACACUAGAGAGGAAUUCGUUUUCACAAGAACUAAACCAUCUUUGAAGUAAUCCUGUACAAAAUACAAUUUUCGACCCUUACAGUUAUCAAUUCAUUAGAUUAGAUGUAUAUGUUGAGCUCGUACCAAUUUUACACAUUCUGUAACAAAAUGUGAAAAUAUACAAUAAAAGUUAGCUAAAGACAAAGGCGAAAAACCAGCAAGAAUUGAAAGAUAAGAACUGUUAAAACAUAGAUAAUCCAAUUUGU